UUCACUUUCUUCAAACAUUACAAAUUCCCCUUUCCCAAAUGUAGUUUGCCAGCUUGAUCAAAGCAAUGCCUUGCUCCAAUUCAAAAACUCCUUCACCAUUAGGAGGAGUUUUCCUUCUUUUAUUAAAUCUUAUCCCAAGACAGAUUCAUGGAAAGAGGGCACAGAUUGUUGCUUCUUUUGGGAUGGUGUCAGAUGUGACUUUAAUAUUGGCUAUGUGAUUGGGCUUAACCUUUCUUACAGUAUGCUUUACGGUAACUUCCAUUCUAAUAAUUCUCUUUCCGCUCUUCAUCAUCUUCAAAAACUAGAUCUCUCUUACAAUAAUUUCAGAGGCUCCAUAAUUCCAUCUCAAAUUGGCCAUUUGUUGAGCUUGACACACCUUAAUCUAAAUUAUUCAAACUUUGAUAGCCAAAUUCCAUUAGAAAUCGGUCAGGUAUCCAAUUUGGUUUCUCUUGAUCUUUCCCUUAACUUUGGUUUGACAUUAGAAACAACUGCUACUUUUGACAAGCUUAUUCGAAACUUAACCAAAUUGCAAGAAUUGGACCUAAGCUAUACAGACCUGUCUUUCGUUUCUCCUAAUUCCUUUAGCAAUUUAUCUACUUCUUUGUUAUCCCUCAGACUCUCAUCUUCUGGGUUGAGAGGGAAAUUUCCAGACAGUUUAGUUCAGCUUUCACAUCUCGAAGUCUUAGACUUAGCGUACAAUGAAGGCCUCAAUGGCUCUUUUCCAACAUCAAAUUGGAGUCUUUCACUCUACCAUUUGUCUCUUUCUUCUUUCACUCUACCAUUUUUCAACCUCUCUUUGGCUUCACCUAAUUCAUUUAUCAAUUUAUCUUCUUCUUUGUCAUCUCUCACACUUUCAUAUUCUGGAUUAAGAGGAAAAUUUCCAAAUAAUAUAAUUCAGCUUCCAAAUCUUGAAGUCCUUGAUUUAUCAUCGAAUGAAGGUCUCACUAGCUCCACUUUUAUAUCAAAUUGGAGUAUCUCACUCAGCUACUUGUCACUUUCUUCGACUAAAAUUCCGGUUUAUUUAAAAAAUGAAUUCUUCAAGAAUCUGAAGUUGUUGCAAGUACUGCAACUCAAUAGUUGCAAUUUUAUAGGGUCUAAUCUUGAAUUGUUUGGUAAUCUAUCCAAACUCGUUGUAUUGGAACUUAGAGGUAAUAAUUUCACUGGUCAAAUUCCAUCCUCAAUUGGAAAACUUGAGAAACUCUAUUCCUUGGACCUUUCAUACAAUAAUUUUAGUGGCCCAAUUCCUCCCUCAUUUGGAAACCUUAGCCAGCUGUCCUAUUUACUUAUGGAAAGCAACAAUAUCAAUGGUCCAAUUCCAUCCUUCAUUGGAAAAUGUAACCAACUCCGAUUUUUGUACCUUUCAUACAAUAAUUUUAGUGGUCCAAUUCCUUCAGAUAUUUGCAGGCUCUCCAGCCUUGUGUACUUAAGUUUGUCUAAUAACUUGCUCACUGGUCAAGUAUGUCAAUUCAAACAUAAUAAUACAUUAGAACUUGUUGAUCUGAGUCAUAACAAGUUGUCUGGCACAGUUCCAAGCUCAAUUUUCAAUCAGGUGGACUUGAUGGUUCUCAUUCUUUCAUUAAAUGAGAAAUUAACAGGAGAAAUUCCUUCUGCAGUUUGUGAGAAUCACUCGGAAUCCUCGACCCUGUCGAGUAACAAUUCAGUGGUUCCCAUUCCACAAUGUUUGGGAAACUUCAGCAGUAGCCUUUCAGUAUUACAUCUGGAUGUGAACCAACUUAAUGGGAGUUCUUCCUCAAGUAUUUUACAGGAAGGCAGUAACGCAAGAUUUGAACCAUCAAUAGGAAACUUUGACCAAUCGGAAACUUUAGACCUCUCUUCAAAUAAUCUUCUGGAAGGGAUUCCGAAUCCCAAUUGCAACUUUGACAUCCCUCGAAGAUUUCGUGUUUCGCAUAAUCAACUUGAAGAUCCAUACCUACAAGGCCCUCAGUUCAACACAUUUGAGAUAGCUCGUAUGAAGGAAAACACAAGACUGUGUGGAUUUUCCACUGCAAAAGGCUUGUAA